AUUGUUUCCUUCGGUCCGGAGCGAGCGAGCGAGCCGGUCCGAGUGUCUGAGUAGCCCCGAGCCCGCGCCGCGCCCCGCUCCCCGCACCCCGCCGCCGGCCGGGCCCCGCCGGGCCUCCCCGGCCCCGCCGCCGCCGCGCCGCCGCCGGCCGACAGGAGCCCUCCGACAGGAGCCCGCGCCCGGAGUGGCGGCGCCGGGCCUGCGCGGCCGUUGGCGGAGGAGCCGCGGGCGCCAUUAGCGCCGCCUCGGCCGCGCCGGCCCCCGCGCCGCCCGCCCGCCCGCCGGGCUCCCGCGGCCCCGAAGGGGUCAGUACCAAAUGAGGAGGAAAGGACGAUGCCAUCGAGGCGCUGCAGCGAGGCACCCUUCCUCCCCGUGCAGCACUAAGCACUCCCCGGCGCGAGAGACCCUGACCUACGCACAAGCCCAGAGGAUGGUGGAGAUCGAGAUCGAGGGCCGCCUGCACAGGAUCAGCAUCUUCGACCCCCUGGAGAUCAUCCUGGAGGAUGACCUCACCGCGCAGGAGAUGAGCGAGUGCAACAGCAACAAGGAGAACAGCGAGCGGCCCCCCGUGUGCCUGAGAACUAAACGCCACAAAAACAACCGCGUCAAGAAGAAGAGCGAGGCCCUCCCCAGCGCCCACGGCUCCCCGGCCUUGGCCAGCGCCCUCCCGGAGCCCAAGGUGCGGAUCGUGGAGUACAGCCCCCCGGCGGCGCCCCGGCGGCCGCCCGUGUACUACAAGUUCGUGGAGAAGUCCGCCGAGGAGCUGGACGACGAGGUGGAGUACGACAUGGACGAGGAGGACUACGCCUGGCUGGAGAUCGUCAACGAGAAGCGGAAGGGCGACUGCGUGGCGGCCGUGUCGCAGAGCGUGUUCGAGUUCCUGAUGGACCGCUUCGAGAAGGAGUCGUACUGCGAGACCCAGAAGCAGGGGGAGCAGCAGUCGCUCAUCGACGAGGACGCCGUGUGCUGCAUCUGCAUGGACGGCGAGUGCCAGAAUAGCAACGUCAUCCUCUUCUGCGACCUGUGCAACCUGGCCGUGCACCAGGAGUGCUACGGCGUGCCCUACAUCCCCGAGGGCCAGUGGCUCUGCCGGCACUGCCUGCAGUCCCGGGCCCGGCCCGCCGACUGCGUGCUGUGCCCCAACAAGGGAGGUGCCUUCAAGAAGACGGACGAUGACCGCUGGGGCCACGUGGUGUGCGCCCUGUGGAUCCCGGAGGUCGGCUUCGCCAACACGGUGUUCAUCGAGCCCAUCGACGGCGUGCGGAACAUCCCGCCCGCCCGCUGGAGGCUGACGUGCUACCUGUGCAAGCAGAAGGGCGUGGGCGCCUGCAUCCAGUGCCACAAGGCCAACUGCUACACGGCCUUCCACGUGACGUGCGCCCAGAGGGCCGGCCUCUACAUGCGCAUGGAGCCCGUGAGGGAGCUGGCGGGGGGCGCCGCGACCUUCUCCGUCCGCAAGACCGCCUACUGUGACAUGCACACGCCCCCGGGCUGCGUCCGGAGGCCUCUGAACAUUUACGGGGACGUCGAGGUGAAGAACGGGGUGUGUCGGAAAGACAGCUCCGCCAAGACGGUCAGGUCCUCGUCCAAGGUCAGGAAGAAGGCCAAGAAGGCCAAGAAAGCACUGAGCGAGCCGUGCGCAGCCCUGCCCCCCGUGUGUGCUCCGUACAUCCCCCCCCAGAGACUAAACAGGAUCGCGAAUCAGGUGUCCAUCCAGCGGAAGAAGCAGUUCGUGGAGAGAGCGCACAGCUACUGGCUGCUCAAGAGGCUGUCCCGGAACGGCGUGCCGCUGCUGAGGCGGCUCCAGUCCAGCCUGCAGUCCCAGAGGAGCACGCAGCAGAGGGGGAGCGACGAGGAGGUCCAGGCCGCCAAGGAGAAGCUGAAGUACUGGCAGCGGCUGCGGCACGACCUGGAGCGCGCACGCCUGCUGAUCGAGCUGCUGCGCAAGCGCGAGAAGCUGAAGCGGGAGCAGGUGAAGGUGGAGCAGAUGGCGCUGGAGCUGCGGCUGACGCCGCUCACGGUGCUGCUGCGCUCCGUGCUGGACCAGCUGCAGGACAAGGACCCGGCGCGCAUAUUCGCCCAGCCGGUGAGCCUGAAGGAGGUGCCCGACUACUUGGACCACAUCAAACAGCCCAUGGACUUCGCCACGAUGAGGAAGCGCGUGGAGGCCCAAGGGUACCAGAGCCUCCUGGAGUUCGAGGAGGACUUCGACCUCAUCGUGGACAACUGCAUGAGGUACAACGCCAAGGACACGGUGUUCUACCGGGCCGCGGUGCGGCUGCGCGACCAGGGCGGCGUCGUGCUGCGGCAGGCCCGGCGCCAGGCGGACAGCAUUGGAUUCGAGGAGGCCUCAGGGAUGCACCUGCCGGAGCGGCCCGUCGCGGCACCUCGGCGGCCCUUCUCCUGGGAGGACGUGGACAGGCUGCUGAACCCGGCCAGCAGGGCCCACAUGGCCCUGGAGGAGCAGCUGCGGGAGCUGCUGGACAAGCUGGACCUCACCUGCUCCAUGAAGUCCAGCGGGUCGAGGAGCAAGCGGGCCAAGCUGCUGAAGAAGGAGAUCGCGCUCGUCCGGCACAAGCUGAGCCAGCAGCAGGGCCAGCCCCCGCCCGCGGGGUCAGGUACUGGAGGCUCGGCCGAGGACGGUGCUCCGCGGGGGCAGGAGGCGGGGGAGGAAGGAGAUAAAUCUCCCCCUAAACUUGAACCAUCAGAUGCAUUACCUCUUCCUUCAAACUCGGAGACUAAUUCAGAGCCACCAACCCUCAGACCAGUAGAACUCAACCCAGAGCAGAGUAAACUUUUCAAAAGAGUCACAUUUGGUGACGAGUCACGUAGCGCCUGCCCUCAGAGCGCACUGGUGCUCGGACACCCGGCAGAGCCCUCCCUCGCCUGUAGUGGCGAUGCGCCGGCGGCGGCGGCCUCCGCGGUGGCGGAGCCAGCAAGCGGUGUAAACAGACGCACUUCUGUUCUCUUCUGCAAAUCGAAAAGUGUAAGCCCCCCAAAGUCUGCCAAGAACACUGAAACCCAGCCAACUUCUCCUCAGCUAGGGACCAAAACCUUUUUGUCUGUAGUCCUUCCGAGGUUGGAGACUCUUCUGCAGCCAAGAAAAAGGUCGCGGAGCACCUGCGGCGACGCCGAGGUGGAGGAGGGGUCCCCGGGAAAGCGCCUGGACACAGGUCUCACCAACGGCUUCGGGGGCGUGAGGAGCGAGCAGGAGCCGGAGCCGGAGCCGGAGCCGGGCGGCGGGCCCGCGAGGAGAGCCGCGCCGCGGCGCCGCUGCGCCUCCGAGUCCAGCAUCUGCUCCAGCAGCAGCCCGCUGUGCGGCGCCAGCAGCUUUAACGCCCCCAAGUGCGGCCGCGGCAAGCCGGCCCUGGUGCGCAGGCACACGCUGGAGGACCGCAGCGAGCUGAUCUCCUGCAUUGAGAACGGGAACUAUGCCAAGGCGGCCAGGAUCGCGGCUGAAGUGGGGCAGAGCAGCAUGUGGAUCUCGACGGAUGCUGCCGCCUCUGCCCUCGAGCCUCUCAAAGUGGUGUGGGCCAAGUGCAGCGGCUACCCCUCGUACCCCGCCCUGAUCAUCGACCCCAAGAUGCCGCGGGUGCCCGGCCACCACAACGGGGUCACCAUCCCGGCCCCGCCGCUGGACGUGCUGAAGAUAGGCGAGCACAUGCAGACCAGGGCUGGCGAGAAGCUGUUCCUGGUCCUCUUCUUCGACAACAAGCGGAGCUGGCAGUGGCUCCCCAAGUCCAAGAUGGUGCCCCUGGGCAUCGACGAGACGAUAGACAAGCUGAAGAUGAUGGAGGGCCGGAACUCCAGCAUCCGGAAGGCCGUGCGGGUCGCCUUCGACCGGGCCAUGAGCCACCUGAGCCGCGUGCACGGGGAGCCGGCCAGCGACCUCAGCGACAUCGACUGAGGCCGCCCCGCCCCGCCCUGCCCCGCCCAGUGGGCAGCUGGGCG